AUGAAAAAGGCCCAAAAUGAAGUGAUCAAAUUCAUGCCAUUUGAUUUAAAAAAUAAACAGUCCCUGAUCAAUUUGUAUAAAAUGUUAAGCAAAGAUUAUAAAUGUGGAGAGCUGCACGAAAAUAUUAUUUUAAACCCAGACCAUAAAUCGUCCUUCCUCUACGUGCAACAAAGUCAACACGAAAUUAUUUUCGGCUUUAAGGAUACCAAUAAUGACUUAUAUCAGAGGUUGCUCAAGUUAAAAGAUAAUAAAAUAUUUGGCUACGAGCAAACCAAGCAAGAUGAAAAAAUUUCAAAUUUAAUUAAAAACAUACAAAAUUAUUCCUACAUUAAAGGAGGAGCCAUCGUCACUUUUCACAAAUCCCUGCUCAAAAAUUAUAUCCUCACGCAGAUCCAAAAGCUGAAGGAGCUAUCGGACAAGUGA